AUGGGAAACGAAAAGGCAGAACUUGUUGAUCAACAAGUGGUUGUGGAGCAAACUUUGGUGACCAGCGCAGUAGAAGCACAACAUGAGGGAGUUGAGAGUGGCAGCGACAUGAAGAAGGAAAAUGACAUGGAUGAUACGACUUCUUCCUCUGGUGAAAAGAAGGAAAAGGAAAAGAAGAAAAAGGAGCCAACGGUGCCACUACACAAGCUCUUUCGAUUUGCAUCAAAAAUUGAUCUACUCAUGAUCUUGGCAGCUUCGAUUGGAUCGAUUGGUGUGGGAGUUAUUAUGCCAGCAUCCAUGAUUAUCUUUGGCGACUUGCUUGGAUCAUUAGGCCAAACUGCACAAUCCACUACUACGACGACCAACAUCGACUUUUUGUCAAUGACAUUGAAAAUGAUCCUGAUUUUCGUUUACAUGGGUACCGCAUCCUUGGUAGCAAGCUAUGUUUCGCACGCCUUUUGGGUUAUAUCAGGAGAACGACAAAUCCAAACCAUUCGCCGCUUGUAUCUCCACGCCAUCUACCGUCAAGAUAUGAGCUGGUUUGAUGCAGCUGAAGAAGGAUCAUUGACAACACGCCUCGCAACAGAUAUACAAAUGGUUCAAGAGGGAAUAUCAGAAAAAUGCGGCAUGAUUCUUCAAAUGACUGGACAAGUAAUCGCUGGUAUUGUCAUUGCGUUUGUAAAAGGUCCCGUAUUGGCUGCUGUGAUUUUGGCAACCAUUCCACUCGUUGCAGGUGCCGGUACCAUGAUGGGAUACUAUUACGACAAAUUCACAAAAUCGACUCAGGACGUUUAUGCCGAUGCAGGAGCCAUUGCUGAAGAGAUGAUUAGUGGUAUCCGCACCAUAUCCUCAUUUUCUCUUCAAGGCCGGUUUCAAACACGCUAUGAGGAACAGCUGAGGAAAGCACGUAAAACUGGAUGUCGUCGAGGUGUCUUGGUGGCAAUUAUGUUUGGCGCUUUUAUGGGCAUCAUCUUUUCCUCUUAUGGUCUUAGCUUUUGGUAUGGAAGCAAGCUUAUACGUGAAGGCAGGAUGUCUGGUGGCGAGGUGGUCAUUGUGUUUUACACCAUGAUGAUCAGCACUAUGGCACUUAUGGGUUUACCAUUGAACCUUUCAGCUGUUAGCGGUGCCACUGCAGCAGCACAACGUAUUUUUUCACUUAUUGAUCGUGUACCAGCCAUUGACAUUGACGCACCUGGAAAGGAACAUGCGUUGCAUGGUGAUAUCGAAUUCAAAAACGUUGACUUCAAGUAUCCUACAAGACCUGAUAUUCCAAUUCUUCGCUCAUUUUCAGCACGCAUUAUGCCAGGUUCAACAGUGGCACUUGUAGGUGCGUCUGGAUCUGGCAAGUCAACGAUUGUUCAAUUACUUCAAAGAUUCUAUGACCCCGAUAAUGGUGAAAUUAUUGUGGAUGGGAUCCCACUUAAAGAUUUGGCUGUGCAAUCGCUACGACGUCAAAUCGGUGUUGUAAGCCAAGAACCCGUUUUAUUCAACACAACGAUUCGCAAGAAUUUGCUCUUGGGUGCCGAUAAUGACAAGGUCAGCAACGAGGAUUUGGUGCGUGCAUGCAAAGCAGCCAAUUGCCAUGAUUUUAUCUCAGCGCUUCCAAAAGGAUACGACUCUCAUGUUGGCGAGCAUGGCUCCAUGUUAUCAGGUGGUCAAAAACAACGUAUCGCUAUUGCACGUGCCAUCAUCAAAGAUCCAGCCAUUCUGCUUUUGGAUGAGGCAACAUCUGCACUUGAUACACAAUCUGAAAGACUUGUACAAAAGGCCCUUGAAGAAGCUGCCAAGAACCGUACCACUUUAGUCGUCGCGCACAGACUGUCUACAAUUAGAUCGGCUGACCAAAUCAUUGUUUUGAAGCAAGGCGAGAUUGUUGAGCAAGGGACACAUGAAGAACUACUUGCCGCCAAUGGAGCUUAUGCAAAUCUUGUUCACAAGCAGGAAAUUGCUAUGGAAAAGGAAAACAACCAGCUUAAUGGCUCCGAUGAACAUGAUGAUAUUCCAGCAAUGACGGAAGAGGAUGAAGAACAUGAUCAAUCUCAAACCAAGCAAAACGACUUGAGUAUCCGUCGUCUUUCAACCAAGCAAAGUAUAGCAUCCUCAGUGGAAGGUGCUAUUCCAGAUGAUAUGCGUGAGCUGAAAAAAGAGCGUGAGCGAGAAGAAAAAUACAAACACGUCCGAACGCCAUUCUUCAAGGUGCUCAAACAAAUGCGUCCAGAAUGGCCAUUGCUUGGUGUUGGUCUCGUUGGCUGUUUAUUCUCAGGAGCUGCAUUCCCUGUGUCAGCGUUAUUGCUUGGCAGAGUUUUCUCAGUGCUCGUUGAUCCCGCAACCAUGUCAACCACACCGGGACCUAUGGAAGGUGCAAACCUGUAUGCGUUUCUUUUUCUCAUUUGUGGUAUUGGUGUCUUUUUUGGAUUUCUAUUACAGCUGGGAAGCUUCGAAGCCGCUGGUGAACUCUAUACCGAACGAUUACGAUCAAAGCUGUUUGCUGCAUACAUGAAGCAGGAGAUCGCAUUUUUCGAUGAAGAGGAUAAUAGUACAGGCGCAUUGACAUCAACGCUUGCUGUUGAUGCUAAGAAUGUUAACGACAUGAUCACAAAGGUCUUGGGUGACAUUGGAAGUGUUGUGUGCAGUGCCAUUGUAGGCUUUGUGAUUGCGUUCAUUCACGGCUGGGCAUUGACUCUUGUGAUCAUUGCUAUGUUACCUUUAAUGGCUGCUGCAAGUGCAUACGAAGGAAAGAUCGAGAUGGGUUUUGCCGAUGAUACCAAAAAGGCAAGCAUGCAAUCAGGACAAGUGGCAGGUGAAGCCAUCAAGGAAAUUCGUACGGUUGCAUCUUUGGCAAAGCAACAUCAUUUUGAGGAGCGGUAUGCCAAAGCUACAGCCUACCCGCACAAGCUUGCCAUACGCAAGGCAUACUUAGGAUCGAUCGGAUAUGCUCUCAGCCAAGGAAUGGUUAUUUACGUCAAUGCCGUUUCGUUUUAUGCUGGUAUACGUUUUCUCGAGAAGGGCAUGAUGACUAUUGAGCAAAUGAUGGUGGUCAUGAUGGCGGUUGUUAUGACAGCCAUGGGUAUCGGUCGAGGAAGCAUGUUCGUGUCGCACAUUGUCAAAGCCAAGUAUGCAGCACUUUCAUCGUUUGAGCUAUUGGAGCGGAAACCUACUAUUGACAGAGAAUUGGAAGGCAUUGAACCUAGCACUAUUCGUGGCGAUGUUGCUUUUGACAAUGUAUCAUUUGCCUAUCCUCGUCGACCCGACAUGCCAGUUUUUCACGGCGACUUUAACUUGAAAGGAGCAGCUGGACGCACCAUAGCAUUGGUUGGUCACUCUGGAUGUGGCAAAUCAACAGUAAUUGGCAUGCUGGAACGUUGGUACGAUCCUCAAAGUGGAUCAGUUCGAGUGGACGAUCAUAGUACACAAGCGUAUACACUAGACAACUUGCGUGGUCACAUGGCUUUGGUUAGUCAAGAACCAGUUUUAUUCGACAUGUCAAUUGGUGACAACAUUCGAUUUGGUGUCUCUGAGGAUGUGAAAGUUACCCAAGAACAAGUGGAACAAGCUUGCAUAGCAGCCAAUAUUCAUGAAUUCAUUACCACUCUCCCCGAUGGAUACAACACGAGAGUAGGCGAUCGUGGGUCUCAAUUAUCUGGUGGACAAAAGCAACGCAUUGCCAUUGCCAGAGCUCUUAUUCGCAAUCCACGUGUACUUCUUUUGGAUGAAGCUACAUCAGCUCUUGAUAGCGAAAGUGAAAAGCUUGUCCAAACGGCCAUUGAUAAUGUAUUGGAGCAUGGAGAUAGAACAACUUUCACGAUAGCUCAUAGAUUGUCUACCAUACAAGGCAGUGAUUUGAUCUGUGUGAUCAAGAGUGGACGUGUUAUCGAGCAAGGAACCCAUUGGGAAUUGCUAGAGCUUGGUGGUGCAUACAAAGAACUUGUGCAACAGCAAUCAUUGGCAUGA